GUAACAUGAUCGCCAAGCUUGCCAAAACCUGCACCCUCCGCAUCAGCCCGGAUAAGCUGAACUUCAUCCUUUCCGAUAAGGUCACCAAUGGAGGGGUGGGCAUGUGGUGUGAACUGGAACAGGAGAAUUUCUUCAGUGACUUUCAAAUGGAAGGUAUCUCAGCAGAACACAAUGAAAUUUAUGUAGAGCUGACAUCAGAAAACUUAUCUCGAGCCUUGAAAACUGCCCAGAAUGCCAGAGCCUUGAAAAUGAAGCUGACUAAUAAGCACUUCCCCUGCCUUACAGUCUCUGUAGAUAUGUUAUCCGUCUCGAGCAGUAGUCGCGUUGUGACACAUGACAUCCCCAUAAAGGUUAUUCCUAGAAAACUGUGGAAGGAUUUACAAGAACCUACAGUCCCAGACUCUGAUGUUAGUAUUUACUUACCAGUGCUGAAGACUAUGAAGAGUGUUGUCGAAAAAAUGAAAAACAUCAGCAAUCACCUUAUUAUUGAAGCAAACCUAAAUGAAGAAUUGAACUUGAAAAUAGAAACUGAAUUAGUAUGUGUUACAACUCAUUUUAAAGAUCUUGGAAGGCCUCCAUUAGCCUCUGAAAGUUGUUCUCAAAGUAGAAACCCGGAACAAAUGGCUGAAGUGCGCAUAGAUAUUAAGAAGCUCCUACAGUUCCUUGCUGGACAACAAGUAAAUCCUACAAAGGCCAUAUGCAAUAUUGUGAAUCACAGGAUCGUUCAUUUUGAUUUGCUUCAUGAAGAUGUGUCUCUUCAGUAUUUCAUUCCAGCACUGUCGUAACACCACCUCUGCAGACUUGGGAAGCUCAGAGACCUUUGUCGUGAUGGGAGGAGGAGAUAGGUUCAUGUUUUCUAAGUCAUUUGUCUCUGUCCUCACAGUCGUACAAGUCAAACACACUUUACUUAUUUCCCCUUCUGUAAUGUUUUAACUAAAAAUUGAGUUAAUGAAACACAGCUGGAUAAAUGCAUUGUUUCAUAUUACUUCUUUGUUCUCAUGUCUGCUUUAUUUUGCUUUUAAGACAUUGAAAAAAAGAGCCGGAACUGAUUUAUCCAGACUUUAAAUAUUCGUUCUUAUUGGUGAUGUUGUGGAACUCUCAUGUAUUUAGACCUGGUGA